AUGUUUGUAACCUGGCGGUUUCUGGCCCUCGCGGCCAUUCCGAUGAUUUCGGCACACCCCUCCGGUACUCUUCAGAAGAGAGUUUUUAAAUGGGGCUCUACGAAAUACCUAAUCGCCUUCGGUGACUCGUAUACAUACGUCCAAGGGACACAUGGUCUUCAGAACUACAGCUUCAUCGGCGACCUCCAAAACUUCGAAUAUAGCCCACAGACUCUGCUUACUAACAAGAUUGUCCAGAAUCAGGCCGCAACUGCAGAAGGAGGUCCAAACUGGGUGGAAUAUCUAACGGGCUGUGGUCUCGAGGAGGGAGUUACCUCGCCCUUCGACUGUGGACAACAGCUGUGGGACUUUGCAUUUGCAGGGGCAGACAUUUCCGUUGAAUACACGCCUCUUCACCAUAACUUCACCGUCUCGCUCGUCAACCAAGUCAAGCAAUUCAACGAUUACGGACAGCCCGUUCUCAAGCAGACUGUAGACCAGUCGCAUGCGUUGGUGGCCAUAUGGAUCGGUAUCAACGACAUUGGCGACAGUUCUAAGUACGAUGUCGACUUCCCGACCUUCUACAAUGAGCUCAUGGAUACGCUCUUCUCCUCUGUUCAGACAAUUUACUCUCUGGGAUACCGUUCCUAUCUUUUCAUGAACCUUCCCCCACUGGACCGGAGACCAGGCAACCUAGGCAGUGCUGAUCCCAGCCCCAAUGCGACACAGAUCACCUGGUACAACGAUGCAUUGGCCCAGCACGCAGAUGCCUUCCAUGGACGCUACUCAGACACGAAUGUGAUGUUGUUUGACGCUCAUAGUGAGCUCAGCUACAUUUUAGAUCACCCAAGCCAGUAUGGCAUCGUGAACACUACAAACUUCUGCGCGGGCUACGACCAGCCGGAUAUUGAAUGGAACUACGAGGCAUACGGGUGUCCAACGCCUUUGAACACCUACUUCUGGUACAACUCAGGGCAUAUGACGAGUCACAUUCACAAGAUACUAGCCAGUGCUGUGCUUAAGAAGCUAAAGGAAUGGUCUGGUUGA